AUGGAGCUCCCCUCCCGACCCCUCGAUGAAGGCGAGGCAGGAGCCGUCUGGCGGUCCCACCGCCUCCGCACCCUGGAGUCUCGCCUGCAGGGCCUGGACCUCGGGGAUGAGCAGGCAGCCGAGGUGGUCGCCCUGCUGCAGCGUGUUCGGGAGGAAACCGCAGUGCUGGACGCCAUGUGGCAAGCCCAGCGCGCGCCAGACUACCAGCCCCGCUGGUGGCAGGAUGGCGAGCUGGACCGGGAGCGUGCCGACAGGCACAACGACGCCGGCACGGCCGCCCUCGCCGCCGGAAACCCGGGCCCCGCCUUCGAGGAGUUCACGCAGGCAAUACGCCUCUGGCCCUCGUCCCCCGCCUACCACUCCAACCGGGCGGCAGCCGCCCUGAAGCUGGCCAGGUUUGGGGUGGCGGCCGAGGACGCCCGGGACGCGCUGAGGCUCGACCCCGGCAGCGCGCGCGCCGCGCUGCGCCUGGCAAAGGCCCAAGCAGGAUCACGGGACCCGGCCGCGGCGGCGGCCAUCGCCUGCGGCCGCUGGGAGGACGCCGGGGCGGCCGUCGCCGGCAUGGACCCGGGGCUGGACGCCGACUACCUGCGGGCUGAGGUGGCGUGGCGGCGCGGGGAUGUGGCCUCUGCCCUGACCCUGCUGGGCCAGGGCGGCCAGAGUGGGGCGGCGGCAGUGCCGGAUGAUGCGACUGAUGGGUCGAGGAGGGCCGCAGGGCACGAGGCCAUGACAGAAGGCUCCAGAUCUGCAGCAGAGCGAGGGAGCGUGAUCGACGGCCAAGAUGCCACGGAGCCUGGGAGCCCUGAGCAGCCGGCACGCACGCCUGGCCCCCCGCCCCUCCCGGAUAAAAUGAAGGACCUGGCGGCGUUCCUGGCCCCCAUCUCAGUCCUGCUGGCGGCCGCAGAUGCGGCCGAGGAGGAGGGGAUCCAGGAGGACGUUGCGGACGCAUGCGGCGCCGCGCUCGACCACUUGCUGGCAUGCGCGGGGGACGGGUUGCGCGCGGCUGCUGCGGCGGCCACCGGCGGGUCGGGCCUGGCCUCCUCCGACGCCUCACGGUCCGCGCUGAGCACCCUGGGCAUCGAAGGUGGGGCCGCCGUCACGCACGCCUCGCUGCGCGCCGCCUACCGGCGGGGGGGGGGCGCCGGGCACCCCGACAAGUGGGGGGGAAGGGGGGAGGAGGCGAGGCUGGCGGCGGAGGAGCGCUUCAAGGUCGUGCAGCUGGCCUACGAGGAGCUGCAGGCCUGCGUCUCUUGA